AAGCACGUGAUUGGCUGGAUUCACUAAUCAUGGAAAUCCUGCCGAGGUAUCUUUCGCUUGAGAGCUUCGUCUGACCCGCGUCUCGUCUUUGAAGAAUCAUACACGGGGUGGUUCAUUUAAUACUCCUGUCGCCUUGUGUUUCUUCCGCCUGUAAGGCUUUAUUGAUAUCCUAAUCUUUUUCAGCAUUUUUUUCGCAUCCGGUUGUCGUUCUAUUGCAGCAUGGUCGCAUCAUCGCCGCCGCGCUCCUUCACAGAAACCCUUGCUUUCGAAGAGCUUGGAGAAAAUCAAUGGCAGACUAUCCAUCCUCCGCAGCGGAUGGGGAAUGCUGCCAACAUUGCAUAUGGCGGCUUCGCAGUUUCGGUAGCUGCGAAAGCAGCUUGUCUUUCCGUUCCUGACAGCUAUCAUCUCUACACGCUCAUGGGCAACUUCCUCGGCCCAGCGCUCACUGACCGUCCUCUCCGAGCGUCUACCAGGCCCAUUAGGAAGACGCGGACAUUCGCUACGUGCCAGGUCGAAGUCAGCCAACUGCAGGAUAACGGGGAGUCGCGGCCUUGCCUCGUCGCGCUCGCGGACUUUCAAGUCAAAGAGAAGGGCGUGUUAUUGGAGUAUUCCGCGCCCCCGCGCCUCCAGUACUCCCAUUGGAAAGACUGCCUAAGCGCAAAAGACCGAUUAGAGAAGAUGCUGCGCGAGGGCAAGAUAUCCCCCGAAAUGGCCGCCCGUUUCAAGCCCAGCUUCGGCAUGGCAGACACCCUCUUCGAAUCGCGGCACUGCCCCGAAGGCAUCGCCGCGCAAAACUUAAUGGGUCUCGCAAAGUCGCUUCCCACAACGCAAGACGCGCUCCCUCUGACGCAAAAAUCCACGGCAGACUGGUCGCGCUGCCGCUCCGGUCUGCCCUCCGCAACCGACAACAUCGCAGCGGUGGCGUUCUUGAUGGACGGCGCGAUUUCGUUUGCGCCGCUGAUGUUUAGCCGCAUGUUCUUGGGGGAUAGCAAGGCGUGCUCGAGCUUGGAUUUCGCGCUACGCGUGUUUAGGAACGAGGUACAGUUUGAGGAGUGGCAUCUGAGGGAGAUAGUGACGCAUGUUGGCGCUGAGGGACGGACGUAUAGCGAGAGUCGGCUGUGGGAUGAAGGGGGUGCGUGUGUGGCGUGUAUGACGCAGCAGAGUAUUUUGAGGCCGUGGGGUGAGGAGAAGGGGAACGAGAGGGGGAAGUUGUGAUGGAAGGGGAGGAGGUGGGUAUGUCUCUUGGGAAUGGCGUCGGUUGGGGUUCUGGGGAAGGGAGUGAGGGAGGAGCUUUUGUGUAGGUGGUAGAAC